GUGACGUAACGGUGAUAAUGAAGUUAAACAUCCGUAGUAUCGUAGUCACGAAGAGAAAAAAAUAAUGGAUUGGAGAUGUCUGUUGUUCGAAGGUUGUAGUACGUAAAAUGUAAAUGUCAAUGAAAAAGAUACGCUUUAUCAGUUAGUACUGCAAGUCAUGCUGUUAAACAUUUAUGUUCGACGAAGUAAACCUAAGAAGACACUAGCUGUUUUUCACCCAAAUCAUUAGCGCAAAAGUCCACACAUGGAGCCGAUAUGUAUGAUUAUUUAUUUCAAGAAGAAAAUUUGGUUUAAGUGUUGUAUUUACGAAGACUGUUUAUGUGGUUUGUCAGGGAAACUCGAUGAAGUUGUAAAUAAACACCACGACGGUAUCACUGAUACAUUAUGGGAUGGAACAUCGACAUGUGCAUCUAAAAUAAAGUCAUUACACGUAAAUAGUUUUGGUGAAGAUAUUCAGGCUUGUAAUGUUAGCAAUGAAAAGAUCCAAAGACUCAACACCAUUAAGUUGAAACUGGAUGGGUAUGUUUUAUCGGCACUGACAGCUUCAUUAAUCCACUCAAAAAUUUAUAGAAAGAAAUUCGCAGAGAAGUGCAGUCUAUUCUUAGAGGAUAGACUGAAGCAAUCCCAUGUGAAGAGUCCACUAUGCGUUAUAGUGAACCUCAUACCAGCGAAGCGAGAGUUACUUGAUUACCGGUGGAAUGACAGAAUGAUCACACUUGCGACGGAGAGGAGGGAACUUGAGAAUGCAAUGUAUUGGUUAUCAACAUUAGGCGGUGCCUUCUCAGCCUUGGGUGAUGAAUUUCAGCACUGUGCUGUGAUGGCUGGCCGAAUAUCUGUUGGCCAGUUGUGGCUUGCACUUCGCCUGGGUGAUGCUUUGACUGUGGCCCGCUGUAAGUUGUUUUUGGCACUCAGUUUGAUGCAACAGGACAGACUGAGAGCUGCUCGUCAGCUUGUGCUGCAGCAAUACGUUGUUGCCAAGUCUGUGAAAGAAGUGGAUCCGCGACUGAGCAGAAUGUGCCAAGGGGUGUGGGCAAAGCUCCGGUAUGCGUACCAGCAGAGGCACAACAGAAGAAAAUCCAAAUCCCGACAAGCUUAAAUGAAUAGCAGUUAAUGAAUUUAUUCACACAUCAGAAUUAUGAAACAGUGUUAGGAUGCAAAUUGUUACUUGUGUCAUACAAAGGAAGAUUUUACUAUAUGCAAGUGUUUUUAUUAAUUUCAUUCCACAUGUCACUAAUUUUUUUAUGAUGGAACUGUGAAACAAACAACAAAAUAAUUAAUAUUGAUAAGAGUAAAAACAAUUUUGCUGGCCUUCACAGUACUAUGGUUGUGUUUUGUAACUGCAGGAUAAAAAAAAAUUGCACAGCAAACAUAAUGGUUUUACAUAUAACUUGUUGGUAUUUUAUAUUCUUACAUAGUUUCCUGAAAACCAAACUGAUCCUAAAUGGCAAACAUAGCCAUUAAACCAUGUAAGUAGAAUGUAAUAUUGCUCAUCAGAAUUUAGUACCAUGUGUGCUGAUUUCAUGCUGUAAAUGAAAGGAUACUUCAAAGAAAAAUUCCACCAAGUGUUAUUUAUUUUGGCAUUGAAUGUCCAUUUGCCUUGGAUAUACCACAGCGACUAAAUUUAUUACACUAUGUAAAUCAGCAAAAAACUGGAAAAGGGAACCUGAUGAGACUUUUUAAAUUGUGUGUUCCAAACAAUACACAGUAAAGUGUAAUAAGAAGUAUAGAAUUUUCCAUUGACAUGUAAAGGUAAGAUUUAUUUAGAACAAUAUAAUGACA